UAUUAUUCUAUAGCACCCUCACCCUAUAGAUCUAGUAUAAAUUUUAAAAAAUAAUGUUAAAAUGUAUGAAACUACUAAAUUAGGUCUACUGUACAAGUUGUCAUUGAUAAAUAAACUAUCAAUAGAUAAUAGAGACAGGCCAGUCUAUAAAAAUAUAACAAAACGUUAGAAUAAAAUAUAACAAAAUAUUAGGCCUAUACUUUAAUCUUAUUAAAUGCUAUAUUGAAGUAACCUAUUUAUCCAUUUAAUUGAAAGUUAUCCUAUUUUAAAGCCUUUUGACUACAGGCUGACACAUUUUAAGGCUAGUUAACCUGACAAUACCAUCAACCUUGUAACUUAUACCCAGUUGAAAAAAUACUGGCCUUGAAAGAAUGGAGUUUCUGAAGGGUCUAAAGGAAGCUAGAGACAAGGGUUUAUCUAAGGAUGAAUAUGUUUAUGAAUGGGAAACGAAGAUGAAUGAACUUCGGCAUAAUAUUGAGACUAAGAUAGUUGGCCUCCAGUCAACCAUGCAGCCUGAACUAAAUCCUAUGAAGAAUUCUUCAAAUAACAUGAUAAACCAAAAUAAGAAUUAUUUAGAGCAAACUGUGGCUUGUUUGCAACAAGAGUUUCAUCAACAGUUGGAGGAAAUGAAGAAGUCUGUGAAAGAAAUGUGCGAAGAACAGCAUCGCGUUCUAAGGAAGUUUGUUGAGGAUGAGUGUGUGAUGAAUUUGAAUUCCAUGAAACAGUAUGUCCAGAAUGAGAUGCAGCUCAUGUUUGAGAGCAUAGAGAAGAAAUUAAACUGUUCUAAGGCAGAGGAUCCCUUCAGCUACCACACAGACAAUCUGAAUGGUGAUCUAUUCAACAAACAUCAAGGGAUAGAAGCAGCUUUUUCUUCUGCCAAUUUUUUUCAACCAUCCGCACAUAAUUAUCCACAACAUAUUCCAUUUGAUUAUCCUCAACAAAUAUUAUUGGAUUAUCCCCAGCAAAAAAUUUCGGAUUAUAUUCAGCACAUUCCAUCUGACAUUUCUCAGAAAAUACCAUCAAACACUCAACAAUUGCCUUUGGAUAACGCUAAGCCCUCACUAUCCACUCAUUCUCAACAACCUGCAACUCAGAGCUUUCUACCUCACAAUUUCUCCUCCGAAAAGGCUUGGGAUAAUUCACGCAUGUCCUACGCAGCUGUAGCUGCCGCCAUACCACUGGACGAUGAUUAUGAACAGAUUCUACUGCCAGGUGUUGAAGAAGAUUCAGGUUCUGUUGGUGUCAGCUCUGAAGGGACUGAGAGCAGUGACCCAGUACAUGCCACUGGACCAAUAGCUGAGAUUAUCUCUCAGCAGUUAUCUCAGACAGGAUUAACUUCCUCAGGUAGUCAAAGCUCUGUAUCUCGUUCAAGGCCAGCCAGUGCCCUGGCAUCACGAAAGCCUAGUGAAACACAAAUAGGUGGUGUGCAGACUAAUGAGAUCAGGUGUGUGAUACCCAACUGUAGUGAACUAGCGAAGAAUAGAAAAAUUUUCUACUCGAAAUACGUUUACACUCAACCUAAAAGAUGCAAAGUGAGACUGGGUGUGCACUUCACUGAGACCAGUGUUCUCAGUGUAAACGUGCUUGUCUGUGCGGACGCCAUUCAUGAUGAGUUGUCCUGGCCAAUCACGUUCUCUGGGCGUGGGGAGAUCUACAACCAUGGGUCCAAGAGGUUCACCCAGAUCUGGGAACUGAAGCCGCAGGCAUGUCUGAAACCCAAGCCAGGGUCUGAGGUGCGGCUUAGAGCACAUGUUGCUCUGGUCACCAGCAGAGCUACCUACACUGAGGUCAGUUUUGAGCAGCUCUGCACUAAACGUUAUGAAAAUGAGAAUAAACUUUCUAUGAAGUUUAGCAUUAAAGCAUCUGAUGAUCCUCAGUGAAAGGUGUGAAUUUAUAAUUACUCAAUUUCUGAUUUUAGAUGUGUUUUUUUUUUUUUUAAAUUCUGUUUUGUUUAACAAAUUCCAAUUUUUCCAGUUCGUUUUGUAAUUAAUUUGAAAUUAAUAAUUACAAAACAUUUAAAAGCUUAUUGUAUUAGUUGCAUUAUACAUUUUAUUGCAUUUAUCUUUAUUUUGUUGUAAAUUGUUCUUAAUUAGUUGUAAAAGUAGAAAAACAAAUAUUUUGUUUAAAAUGUCAUUGUUUUAGCUUUUGAUUCCUGUCUUUUAAUUAUUGUAUUAAGUUGUAUAAUUUGUGUGGUUAUUCAAAAUCCCAUGUCUACAUACAGGAUGUUCAUAUUUUAAAUGCACAUUAAAUUUAAAUAUGGGGUUUACAACACUGUUUUCUAGAUCUACAAGAUUCUGGGAAACAUAUUUUCUUUUAAAUAUCUGAAUUCAUGAUGCUAAAAUUUUGUUCAUUUUUUAAUGCUUAAGUUUAGUGGAGUAAUUUUACUAUUGAUGCUAAAUUGCUUUUGCAAAUUUACAAUUACCUGAUUUUUUUU